AUGAAGACCGCCCAAGACUUCCCGCGCCUCAAGCUUUGCGAUCCCUGCUCCCGGCUCUUCACCGACUAUCGGGAUGAAGCCAAAUCCGACCCCAACAGCAUCCGGUAUCACAUGUGGUACGAGGCUGAAGGAUACGAGUAUUGCCGGACUCGGCGUGAGCUCGAGCGUGCCGCUGUCUUCGACUGCGUGUUUUGCAAGGCCGUUGCUUCUCGCGACCGCAAGUAUCAGAAGCACGAGGACGACUGGGAGGACAAGACGGAGCUUCUGUUUGACGAGCGGCGCCCGGCCUGGUAUCCAUCGCUUGACGAAGAGCUCGGGCUGAGCAUCCGCUACAACUGGGUCGACAACGUUCUGUACAUUUGGAGCUGGAGCGGGAUCAAGUGGAGCGGGGGCGACCUGUCAUGGACCAUGUACGCCACGCCGGACGAUCCAGCGGCCUCCGUCGUCCAUUCGCAAGCAAUGCUCCAGGACCUUGGGUCGCCUGAGAGCUUUGCCGAGGCACGCAAGUGGAUGGACGAGUGCCUCACCAGCCACGACGAGUGUCCCGUACACCUGCCCGCCGAUCUGCCUACAAGACUCAUUGAGGUGUCUCCCCUGGGCGAGCCCGAAUCUGCGCGGCUGUGCGAGACCAGCGGGCGAAAAGGUCACUAUUGCGCCUUGAGUUACUGCUGGGGAGGAGACCAGGUCCUCAAGACGCUUCGCGAACGGUAUGGCCGAUACCAAAAUGAACUCCCGUACGGCCAGCUGCCCCAGACGAUCAAAGACGCUUUUCAGGUCACCCGGAGCAUGGGCCUGAGGUACAUCUGGAUCGAUGCGUUUUGCAUCAUCCAGGACAGUGACGAGGAUAAGCAGGCCGAGAUGGCCAAGAUGAUGGGCAUCUACCAGAAGACACAGUUCACCAUCUCGGCGGCGAGUGCCUCAGCCGCUACCGCGGGAUUCCUCCAGACUGAUUACCACGACCCCAGCAUUGGAGCCUUCCAUCACCCCCUCCGGGUAGAAGAGGACACCAUGGGCUCGGUUCUGAUUGCGGAGAGCUCGGCAUCAUUCGCGAGUGUCUCCGCGCACGAGCAGCCCAUCAACACCCGUGGUUGGACCCUCCAGGAGGCCCUGCUCACGCCUCGCCUCCUGAUAUUCACCAACAUGCACAUGGUCUGGAAGUGCCAGACCGGCUACCAGCCCGACUUCCACGCCACCUCCCGAGACUCCCGCGAAAGGCGCCGCGAGGAAGAUGGCCCCUGGAGCUUUUGGUCCUCGCUCUGCGGCUACUCGUUUACGCCUCUCAAGGAGCUCGACGAUCUGGCCGCCCCUGAAACUCCGCGGACCGGAAAGGCUUUCAACAGCCAUGGGGGAACUUACUCAACCUGGCACUUCAUCUUGAACAAGUACACGACGAGGCAGCUCACCGAAGAAAGCGACCGGCUGCCUGCCAUCUCGGCCAUUGCGCAGGCCUUUGCCGCCCACUUCAAGACCGAGUACCACGCAGGGCUCUGGGGCCGCUUCCUCGUGCACGACCUCAUGUGGGAGAACUGGCUUUCCAACCCCGACGCCACAAAGUCGGGGGCCCCGUCAUGGUCGUGGGCCACCAUGAAAGGGGAGCUUCAUUACGACGGCGGCAACACCGACUAUGCCCGAGCCGAGGUCGUGUCGUGCAAGACAACGCCCGUGUCGGACCAGAAUCCCUUCGGCGCAGUUACUGGCGGCGAGCUCGUCAUCCGCGGACACGUAAACAAGCUGUGGCUCGAUAGAGGGGAGGGUACCGCACUGAAACUCUUCGACGACGAGGGCGCCACCAUUCCUGACGCUGAGUUUGUCAGUGACGGUGGGUCUGGAGACUGGAAUCGGGGCCGCACCGCCGUGCUGUGCUUGGUCCUCGGCGACAAACCCGGGGCGAUCGCGCACAGGAAUUAUCCAAAUUGUUGCCCGAAUUAUAUAACCAGGUGUCCCGAGUCGACACGGUGUCGGAUGAUGGUGCUCGUUGAGAGUUUGGACCGGGAGGGCUGCUAUCAGCGGAUAGGGCUGGCCAAGGCAGAGACGUAUGAGAGGCCGUGCUGGUGGGAGCAGUGCGAGAGGAAGACGGUGACGGUUGUCUAA